AGAGAAUGGCCAAAAAAACAAUCUGGGUAUGAGUUUCCUCCUGGAAAUGGUCCUGAUCAGUAAGACAAGAAAGGUACAGAAAUAACAGCCAUACCACAAAAGCUGCACUCCACAUGAUUGUUUACGGUCUGGUGACAAGAUGAGUUUCAUUCAAAUGAGCAGAAUAUUUCUCCGACUGCCGGCUUUCAGGGAAAAAAUGUUUCAGCGAAACUCCAACUGCAGAUCCUGUUUGUCGGGAACAGUAAACAGCCAAGCAGACGAUAAAUUGUUCACAAAGUGUUCCCCAGCAGGAAGAUAUCAGGCAGUGACUGCGCAAAACAACGAACUCAAGGUGGAAAUUCAGCGACGGCGGUUUUCAAAACGACAGAAAAUGGCUCACAGUGAGGAUGAACUUCGUCGUCCGAACGACCCGUUGCCUCCAGGGGCUGUCCUUCGCCUGUACAGCAUGCGGAUGUGUCCAUACGCUCAGCGAGCCCGUUUGGUCCUGGCUGCUAAGAAAGUGCCAUAUGAUCGUGUCAAUGUGGACUUAAACAACAAACCUGACUGGUUCUUUGACAUCAACUUCUAUGGGGAAGUUCCUGUCAUAAUACACAACGGAAAGAACAUUUUUGAGUCUCUUAUCUGUGCUGAAUACCUUGAGGAGGCUUUUCCUGAGCCAAAGUUGUACAGUUCUGAUGUUUACCAGAGGGCUUUAGAACGGAUCUAUUUCAACCAUUGGACAAAGAAGGGAAUUCCAGCAUUUUACAGUUUGCUGAAGGCAGGUCAUCUUGAUCUUGAACUUGCUGAGCGGCUUGACCAGCAUAUCGGCAAAAUGGAAGAGUUUCUGAAGACAGCCAGCACUCCAUACUUCAAUGGCACAAAACCAGGAUUUUCUGAUUACAUGAUUUGGCCCUGGUUUGAACGCAUUCCCAUGCUAGGGAAGAUAACAGAUUAUGAAAUGUCAUCAGAAAAAUUUCCACUGCUGACAGUUUGGGUCUCUCAAAUGUGGAAAGAUCCUGUAGUCCAGGAAUGCAAGAUUGAUCCUGAGCUCUUUAUUCAGCAUUACAUCCAAUACCGAACAGGUCGGCCAGACUUCACCAUUGGAGCCAGCAAGCCAAAAGGUAUCCCAGAAGCCCUUGAAAACCUUGAUGGACUUAGGGAUCCUGCCACAAGAGAUCGUCAGUCAAAGAAGUAAUGUCUAGGCCAAGAGAUGACUAGGAUAUUAGAUGGUUUAUAUUUAUAAUGUUUUUAAGUUAUAUUUAGUAAACUUCAUGUACACUGAAUUCUCAGUACUAGCUUUUAUGUGCCACACAAAAUGAUUCAGAUGCACUGGACAUUCUAAUUUCAUAUAUUAACUAAGAAUUAAAUAUUUUGAUUAUAAAAUUUUAUGCUAUCGCAUGACAUAAUGUGUUAACCUUCCUAGCACAAUAGGCCACGAUCAUGACUGUGCUGGAAAGCAGGGGAAAGUUGAUUUUCAUUUUUUUUAUUGAAAAGUUCAAGUUUUCUACUUUCCAUAAAUGUAUAGGUUUCUUGGUGUAAUGUUUAUCUCAGGGCACCAAUAAUAAAACACAAACUUCACUCACUGUCGUCUCCACAGUCAUUGUAAUGAUGUAUUUUUAUGUGAUGCUAAGACUGUUAAAUAUGAAAUACUAUUUUGUGUGAUGCAACAAGUUCAUUGUCAAUGAGCUCUGGCAUUAGAUGCAGAAAGGACCACUCUGCAGGUAAAAACCUUAAAUUUUUUGCAUGCACAGUUUUGUCUGUGCUUUGAAGCUAAUUUUUUUGAACAGAUGCUACAGUUCUAUCACAAUAAUAUUUUAAGUCUAUAAAUAGUGGAGAAAUUUAUAAAUGUGAAAGAGACCAAAGAUUAUUGGAAAAAUUGUUGUAUGUGUACCUCUGUUUUCUCCUUUAUUGAUAUAUUUUUAUAUCUUGAUCAAUGAAAAUGAAGUCAAUUAAAAUUUGUAUUUUUUGCUGGACAUGCAACCUAGUCGUUUUUUAAAAUUAAUUGUUAUUGAUUAACUCUUUGCCUUUUAAUAAUCUGAAUGCAAAAAUAUUCAUAUACAAAUUAUAUGCUAGUCAGAUCCUACCCACAAACUCUUUUCUUUUUAAAUGUAAGCUCAUUACAUCUCCUUCUUGUUGUUUUUGUAAACAGGACAAUGAAACCAUUUAACAUAUAUUCUGGCACCGUCCAUUGAGUAAAAGUUUUUGGGACCAACUAUGGAAUAUGUUAAAUAACCAGAACUAUUCAGAGGAAAUAAGGACCUGUAAAGAAAUUGUGUUAUUUGGUAUUGGUAGAACUGAGGGUUGUUGACAAACCUUUGAACUUUAUUAUUCUUCUAGUAAAAUUUUUUAUUAUUAAAUGCAGAUUCCUGAAGCGAAUACCUAUAGUGGAUAAGUUGAGGCCAUUUUUAAGUCACGAUUUAUUGUGGAGCAAUAUGGGGCAUUUACUAAUGGCUCACAUAUAUCCUUUUGGAAGCUGGCUCCCAUUUAGCCAUGUGACUACUUAAAUAACGGCACUAUCUGUGAUUGCCUGCAUCAUAUUUUAUUAGACGGUUUGCCAUAUUUGUUAGUAUGUCAUUAUGUAUGCUAUGUGGCUUUUGUGUACAUAUAUAUUUCUAAGUAUGAUUGCAUGUGUUGUUAAAAAAAAGCUCUCUCUGUUUGUGUGUUACAACAAUAGGGUUAGGGACUAACAUAGCCUAUGUUUCUAUGGUUAGCUGCUUCUUUCUGCAUAGGGUAUGAUAAGAGGUUGAUGAAAGAUUUUGUGUACAUGGCCAGGGACUUGUUUUUCCUGUGUCUUUGUUGUUUUAUGCGGUAGUAUUUUAUGUUUUGUAUAAAAAAAUUAUAUGCAAGUCUAGAUUUACUUUGUGUUUAUAAAUGAAGAUAUUAAUGAAAUGUAUUUUGGAUGUGGCAUAAGACUCGAUCUUUUUUAUUUGAAUUAAUAUAACAAAAGCCAGAUGGGUGCUAGUUUUGUUGAAAUUCAGGUUUGGUAUAUCCAUUUUUUUUCAUAUCUUGGGGCAGAGGGUACAUUAUAAUGAUCAAUAUAGAUAUCCAAUAUCAUAAUGUGACUAUAACACAUUCUGUCAAGUUCUCACUCACCAGGAAUUAUGUACAUGAUACACCUAUGAGACUAAAUACAAGGGGAAGGUUUAGUUUUUGAAAUUUUCCCUUUGGGUUCUUUGAUGUUUUUGUUAUAUAUGUCUGUUUAUCCUUGAGCAGCAUACAUAGAUCUGUCUCUCAGUUGUAUAGUGGCAGCUUGUAAGAAAGACAUCAUGGUUUUGACACUUGCCAAUCUUAGUAUAUGCAAAUAUAUGUCUAUGUAUCAUGCAUUAUUUAUAUUAAAUAUAUAAAUUUUUA